AUGGCUGAAAAAUUCGCCAGACUGCGCGGUAAUACCGAGACUCCUGCCGCGAAGGCUGGCGACGGUGUCGGUUCCGCGAAGAUACGUGCCAGCUCUCUGAAGGCCACCCCUGGCAUGUUCGUCACCUGUGCCAAUGGAUCGUUUCGUGACAACUACAAGGCCGUCAAACUUCUCGGAAAGGGGUCGUUCGGCGAGGUACUGCUGUGCCUCAACCGCGAGACCGGACAGCAGUACGCCGUGAAGGUGAUUCUGAAGAGCUCGGUGAAGCGCAAGGGCGACCACGAGUCGCUUUUGCGCGAGGUGAACGUGCUCAAGGCGCUGGACCACCCGAACAUCAUGAAGAUCUUCGAGUUCUACGAGGACGAGAAGUACUACUACUUCGUCACGGAGCUGUACACCGGCGGCGAACUGUUCGACGAAAUUGUCAACCGAAAGUGCUUCUCCGAGCAGGACGCCGCGAAGAUUAUCAAGCAGGUGCUCAGCGGUAUCAACUACAUGCACAAGCAAAACAUCGUGCACCGCGACCUCAAGCCCGAGAACUUGCUGCUUGAGUCCAAGGACCCCAAUGCCAACAUCAGGAUCAUCGACUUCGGUCUCUCCACGUACUGCGACCUGAACUCGAAGAUGAAGGACAAGAUCGGCACCGCGUACUACAUCGCGCCAGACGUGCUCAAGGGCGUGUACGACAGCAAGUGCGACAUAUGGUCGAUUGGUGUGAUCCUGUACAUUUUGCUGUGCGGUUUCCCGCCCUUCAACGGCGCGAAUGAGUCCGAGAUCAUCAAGAAGGUGCAGACCGGCAAGUACACCUUCGACCUGCCGCAGUGGCGCAAGGUGUCGGAGAGUGCGAAGGACCUCAUCUCGCGCAUGAUUACGUACAACCCCGCCAAGCGCAUCAGCGCGAACGAGGCGCUCGAGCACCACUGGCUCACCUACAUGACCAGGGAUUACGGCGUGGACCUCCCCAGCCUGGAGCUCUCCAUCAACAACAUGAAGAGCUUCUACUAUACGCAGAAGCUGUCGCAGGCCGCGCUGCUCUACAUAGGCUCCAAGCUCAUUACGAAGGAGGAGAGCAACCACCUGACCACCAUUUUCAGCAGGAUGGACACGAACGGCGACGGGCAGCUCGACCGCAACGAGCUCAUCCGGGGCUUCUCGGAGUACCUGCACCUCAAGGGCUCUCCUCUGGACGACGUCGAGGUACUGAAGGUGGAAGAACAGGUCGACCAGAUUUUGCAGGACAUCGAUUUCGACAAAAACGGCUUCAUCGACUACAGCGAGUUCCUCACCGUGGCCAUGGACCGCCGCAACUUCAUGCAAAAGGAGCGGUUGGAGAAGGCCUUCAAGCUGUUCGAUGCGGACAAUUCCGGUAGUAUUUCUUCUGCCGAACUAGGUAAACUCUUCGGCGUGACGGACGUGAGUGAGGAGGACUGGCAGCGCGUGCUCCAUGAGGUAGACACCAACAACGACGGAGUGAUCGACUUCGAAGAAUUCCAGGCCAUGCUCUCCAAAUUGGUAUAA